GAACGGGUCAGACCGGGCUGUUUUCCUUCCUCCUGGCCCGCGUAUGGACCUCUGUACCGGGAUGUCUGAGGCAGGAGCUCCGCCGCGCUGCGGUCUCCGGGUCCUGGCGGACUCGGUGUCGGAGCAGCUGGCCCAGGUCGGGGAGGAGGUGUUGUCCGUGCUGGAGAAGCGCAGCGGCGGGUCCAGCUGCUGCGGAGCCCCGCUGCUGCGGAUGCUGCUCAGUGAGCGACUGGCGGCGGCGGCGCAGCGGAUCGUGGCGCUGCUGAAGCGGGAGGUGGAGGAGUACCGGCGGCAGCUGGAGCGGCAGGGCCGGCUGCUGGAGGCGGUGCUGAGCCCGGUGGUCCGACUGACCCGGACAGACUCGUCUCCUCUCAGGACAACCACCACUGAUGAUGACCUGCCAACAGACUCCGCCCACCUACCCACAGCCCCACUAAGCUCCGCCUCUUCGGAAGUCUCUGCAACUGAGAGUGACGCUGACUGGAGGGGUGGCGACGUCUCCGACAGUAAAACAACAGACAGGACGGCCAGAGGACGGCGCCUCAGCAAACAGCGGGCGGCACCAUCGGACCGGCCGGAGAAUCAGCGCUGUUUCAUCUGUGAGAAAACUUUCCGCCUUAGAGGGAACCUACUGAAACACGUAGAGACGCACUCAGAUGACCCACAGCGACUCUGUGGAGUCUGUGGACAGCAUGUUGAGUCCUCGGAUGGUUUGUCGAACCACCUCAGGUCUCACAGAGAAACUAGCGGUGGCACCUGCGAUGUCUGCGGGAAAACAUUUCAGAACAUGGAGACACACAUGAGGAGCCACACCGGCAUCAAACCGUUCAACUGCGACAUUUGUGGCAAACGUUUCCCUCGACCUGGUGCACUGCGGCGCCACAAGAAGAUCCACAGCAGGACGGAGCCACUGCACCCGAGGACGGACGGAGGACAGACGGAAGAAGAUGACAGCAGUGAUGAUGGCCAGUCGGAGACGCUGAAACCACAAAGAGAUGGAGGACAUGUCUCUGGCCAGCCGCCUGCCACCCUCUGUUGCAGAGUCUGCGGUGAUUCCUUCCACAGCCGUGGCUUCCUGAGGAAACAUGCUGAGACGCACUGCAGGGAUGCUGCCUGCGUCUGCGGGGUCUGCAGCAACCAGUUUGACUCACCUGAUGCUCUGCUAGCUCACCUGCAGUCUCACCGAGAGACCGGCGGCACCUGCAGCAUCUGCGGGAAGAAGUUCCAGAACAUGGAGACGCAUAUGCGCAGUCACACCGGCGUCAAACCGUACCGCUGCGGUGUCUGUGCCAAACGCUUCCCCCGACCGGGAGCACUCAGGCGUCACAAGAAGAUUCACAGCGGCGAGCGGCCACACGUCUGCCAGUACUGUGGCAAGACUUUCAUCGAGAGCAGCGCCCUGAAAAUGCACAGCCGUAGCCACUCAUGGGAGGUCCAGGAAGAUGACGACGUCCAGCCAGCAGUAGAUCAUCCGAGUUUGACGCCUGAGGCGAAGGACACCAGGAUGCCACCUCCAGCACCACCCUGUUGUAAAGUCUGCGGUGAAGCAUUUCAGAGUCAUGGGAGUCUGAGGAAACACGCCAAGAGCCACUCAGCAGAGUCCAUCUGUGGCAUCUGUGGUGAAAACCUGCCAGCGUCACAAAUGCUGAUGGACCACCUACAGACUCACCGAGAUGCCGGGAAGAUCUGCCACAUCUGUGGCAAAACCUACCAGAACAUCGACACCCACAUGCGCAGCCACACAGGUGUCAAACCGUACCGCUGCGGCAUCUGUGGGAAAAGCUUCCCACGGCCCGGUGCUCUGCGGCGCCACAAGAGAAUCCACAGCGGUGAGCGGCCGUACAUAUGUGAGUUCUGUGGGAAGACUUUUAUCGAUAAUGGUGCUUUGACAACACACAUCAGGAACCACACCGGAGACAAACCUGCCAACCGCGUGUCCUGUGACACUUGUGGCAAAAGCCUGGCCUCAGUCCAUGUACUCGAAGUACACAAGAGGAUCCACACUGGCGAAAAGCCCUUCCAGUGUCGUGUCUGUGGAAAAGCCUUCAGGCAGGUAGGAGGGCUUAAUGCCCAUAUGCUGACGCACACUGGUGAGAAGCCAUUUGGCUGCAGCGUCUGUGGCAAGAGCUUCAGCACCAAAGGUUACCUGGAGACACACCUACGCUUCCACCGCAAGGAGCGUGCCUUCAGCUGCCCGCUAUGCUGGAAGGCCUUUGUCACCAAGAACGACCUGAAGAAACACCUGCUGACGCAUAGCGGCGAGAAACCGUACAGCUGCCGCAUCUGCGGGAAGAGCUACCAGGAGAAACGCUCCCGAGAUGUUCACAUGAAGGUCCACCUGGAUGCCCACAUCAACAAGGAGCCAAUCAGAGGGCAGGAUGCCCUGCAGCCGGACUUAAUCCAGCUGUAGAGCUACAAUUUGUUACACCAGUUUAUACUGGUUCCACACACUGGUGAUCAGAAACCAGUUGACUGGACACUAAACUGUUCCAGACAGUUACCAAAUAAAUCCAAGUAUAAUCCAAAUAAACAAAAUCUAUAUAGAAUGCUUUAAAAA